CAGCAACAGCUUCAGACUUCUCGAAUUUGAAGCAUAAAUGAUUCAUCCAUCAGUCAACUCUCCCACCAACAUGGAUGAAGAAGAAUCGAUGCUUUUAGAGAAAGAAGAUGAAGAAGAAACUAACGUCAUUCAUCAACUAAUGAAGCUGAAACGAAGUCAAUGGUGGAUCUUUGUCUUCAUCAGUAUUUUCUUCCUCAUAUUCCUCAUAUCGGCUCAAGCCGUAGCUGUUCUCCUCGGUCGGUUUUACUACGGCCAAGGAGGAAACAGCAAAUGGAUUUCCAGUCUUGUCCAAACCGUUGGCUUUCCGAUUCUUUAUCUCCCUCUUCGUCUCCUUCCUGCUUCUUCGCACCCUUCUUCAUCUUCUUCUUGUUCCUUCAAGACUGGUUUGGAUAUAUUUUUCUCUUGGUCUUGCUACUGGUUAAGACAAUCUGGUAUACUCUCGAUGAUUUGGAAGUUCAAAGAGCAAGAAAAACUCAAGAAGGAUGCAUUCGUCAUUCGAAGAUAUGACCACCAGAAAACGGUGUUGCUUCCAAAGGCUCAAUAUGAUUGGAAACACAUAAGGUUCUUGGACUAUAAAUCAGUAGACGAGUACAACUCAGUCCUGUUCAGAAUUGUGUCCUUGUUAAGGUUAUGUGGUGAAAAAGUAACCGAGGAAGAGAUGCUUAAUAAAACUCUCUCCACGUUUCCUCAAACCAACAUGGUAUUGCAACAGCAGUACAGAGAGAGGAAUUUCGCCACAUAUACUGAGUUGAUAGAAUGUCUCUUGUUGGCUAAAGCUAACAACGAACUGUUAUUGAAAAACAGUGAGAUGAGACCUCCAGGUACAGCUCCAUUACCCGACAUCUCUAAGCUGGCUAUAGAGCCAAAGAAAGAGAGUAACCUAGUCCAACACAAUGACCAUCCCGGUCCAAACCGUGGAAGAAGUCAAGGACAAGGUCGUGGUUCUUUUAAAGCACACGGGCGAGGACGUGGUCGCGGUACCACACCCGGCUUUAGCCGUGGUCGUGGCCGAGGCCGUAGUGUGUCUUUUAAACGACAGAUCAAAGCUGAUCGAUGCCACAGAUGUGGUAUGGGUAAUCAUUGA